UCACAAACUUAAUAACAUACGUAAAUGCAUGGUUUGUUUGUUAGGCACUUUCCUACACUUUAUAUACAAUCUCAUUUCAGUCUUUACACACCAUAAGCACAAAAACACUGAAGCAGUAAGAAAACAAUGUCUACACAAUAUGCAACUCUGUCAACCAUGAAAACAGGGAAAGAUAACUACAAAAUGAAAGUUCGUGUCAUCCGUAAAUGGAGAGGAGCAACCAAGAAAGGCGAAGAAUUCAAAAGUUUCAACAUAAUGCUGCUGGACCACAAGGUAAAAGUUGUUAAAUUCACUAAAAUUUCUUAAUGUUAAUACAUACAAUGUCUUUUAAAUUUUUAUGCUGCUGAAUACUACAGCCCAUGCAUUCAUACCAACCGGAUGUGCAUUUGACAUGGACAGACUACUCAGAAUAGGGAACGUCUACAUUAUUACAGGUUUCACAGUCCAAGACUACAAAGCAACAGACAAAUUCAGGUGCGUACGAAAUACAAAUCAGUUAAUAUUCUCACAGGACACAAAGAUACAAGAGAUUCCUCAAGGAGGAACAAACAUUGCUACAGAGUUUUUUGAUUUCUAUGAUCUGAGUGAACUCCUACCGCUGGUGAAUGAAACAAAAUAUGUCAUUGAUGUAGUUGGUGUGAUGAAAGAUCAUAACAUUCCUCUUGAACAGAUAACUAAUAGACAUGGAGAACAACAAGAGCAGGCUAAGUUUGUUAUAUCAGAUGGGAAAACAAAUGUGAAUGUCACAUUUUGGGAUAAGUAUGCACAGAAAUUUGUGGAGGCGCUGUCAUCAAAACUAGAUACUCCUGUGAUAAUUAUUAUCGCUGCAUGCAGGGUUCAACUAUGGAACAAUGAACCUAACAUAACACAUGUUGCACCAACAGCAUACUAUCUGAACUUCAAGCAUCAUAGCGUGAACCAGCUGAGGAGAAUGUUAGCUGUGCCAGAUUUUUCUCAGAAAGUCAUGGCAGUUCAGAAGAAAAAAAUAUCUCCCCUCUUAACGGUGGAAGGCAUUAAGGGUCUGGGAAAAGAUUCUAUUGAGGAUGAGGUCCUCGCCCAUGUGACAGUUAUGCACAUCGAUGAAAAACAGUAGUGGUAUUUUAAGGUCUGCACAUCCUGUGAUUUGGAAGUGGAAAUUACAGAGGGCCUCUAUUCCUGCAAAAGCUGCCGGAGGAUUGUUCCACAUCCAGAAAUAAGGUUCCGUUUGGUGGUCAUUGCUGCGGAUAGUACUGGAUCGAUUGAAGUUAUACUAAGAGACAGAGAGGUGAGGACAGUUAUUGCGAAAAGGGCUCGAGAGAUCAUUCCACGGCAAGCUCCAGAAGGUUUCUUCCCAGAUUGUUUCAAACUAAUGGCAAAAAAACCAUAUACAAUCAAAAUAGAGAUCACUGAAGCAAAUGUUGUAAACAAGUCUGGAUUGUACUGGGGUACAAACAUCUGCCAAGGAUUCAAAUUGGAGUCAGCUCAGGCAGAAGUCCAGCAAACACUCCAAACUGAAAAAACACAAGCAACAUCAUCAACUCAGAUGCCAGCGCUGUCAGGUCUUCACUACGAUUCGUCUACACUGACAAAUUAGUCAGCAUCACGGAAACAAACUUUGAAACUUUGAUUCGAAAUCUUUAAUCUAAGUUUUGUAAUAUUUUUAAUUAUCGCCCGUAUUGUCUGUAAUCUUCAAACAGCAAA